AUGGAAUAUUUUAACCAUGGAAUAUUUUCUUCAUCAAGAAGACAGCUAUGUGGAAGGGAAACCAGCGUCAGGAAUUCUUGCAGAUCUAAGGCUUAUACACAAACAAAAAAAAGUCCAAGAAGAAAUGUGCUGACACAUUUUCUAUCACCUAAGCUAUGGGCCGUGUCAUCAGUCGUUGUGAUUUGUGUCAUAUUGCAGGUUUUCCAUUUAUGCAACGAUAAUGGAGACGUAGGAUGCGGAUUAAAUUUUGGAAAUAUCGAGGGAAGAAAUUUAUCACAAAAUAAUGCGCAUAAUCGACCAGGAGACAAAGGUAGGCUUGGGGGAAGAAUGCCAAAUAUCAGGGAAUCAUUUUUAAAUUCGUUUCAGCCGGAAGCAAGACAAGAAAGUGGUCGUUGCAGAUAUGAAGAAAUAGAAACGAUUUUAGGUGGGUCCGAUGAUUCCAAUGAAAGUGAUAAUAAGCCUUAUCAUGUUUCAAUUCCUGAUGAUGAAUCAGAAGAAGUGUCCGAAGACGAAUGGGAAGUAGAAUCAGAAGCAGGUCAAUCUGGACGGUCAGAGGAUGAGUUUGAAUAUUCUGAUGAAGAAGAGGAUGACGAUGACGAUGAUUAUGAGGAAAUUGAGUUGUUAAAGCGAGUAAAGAGCUUUUUUAAUUUUGGAAAGUCAAGGAAACAGGACGAUGCUGAUCUUAUACGUUUCGACGCUGAUGAAUCGCUUUCUGAAGAUUCAGAUACAGAGUCUGAAUCGAGAAAAAUGUUAACUGAAGAAGAAUUAUAUAGAAAGCUUAAAAGAUUAAAGGGCAAUUUGGGCGAUGCUGAAAUGCUUUAUUUAUGGAAUAGCUUCCUACAAAUUGAGACUAAUAAAUUUGAGGUUAUGCAAAAAUAUCUAUGGGAGUGGUGCGAAUUAUUAGCCUUUGAAUAUAAAAUUCCAGAAGAUAUUUUAUUAGCGGUAUGGAAAAGAAUUGUUGAUUUUUCAUCGGAUGAACUACUGGAAAAGACUGUUAUGGAUAACAGAGAUUUUAAACAGUUCGUUAAUGAUGGAUUAAAGGAUAAUAUGGAUUUUUUUUACUUUCUGAAUUCUAAAAGAGAAAAGUGGGCCAGUUUUCGAUCCAGGAUAGAAACUGUGUGGAAAAACACGAUAGAAAACCAAUUUAUAAAUUAUUAUAAAUAA